AUGCCCCCCCGGCGGGCACCUGGCGGCAGCCAGCCAGCAACUCAGGCUCAGCACGGCAACGACGGGGCAGGGCCAAGUGGUUCGGCUUCGACCUUUCCAGACUACGUAACUUUCACAGUUGGUCAAGCUAUCAUUUCAGGGGGCUGCUUGGAGGAGGUCGAAGUCAAGGCUAUGGUCCGCCGUUUGGCGCAGCGUAACUCGGACGACGCCUACAUGCCGGUACUAUCGAAGCUUCAGCGGGAUACAGAAUUCCUGGGCUUGUCCAUAGAGCGCAUCAAGUUUCCCUGGAACAAUACGUGGUACGUCUGUCUUGUGGGCAAGGAGAAGGACGAUGCUUCCAAGCAGCUGGGCUCCAAGUACACGGCAGACCAAGUGCAGUAUUAUCGCUCCGUGGUGGAGGCACUGUGUGAGGCGGAGCCUGCGGAGAACCGCCUGCUGGCCAGCGUCAGCCAGAUUAGGCUGAAGAAUGUGGAUGUGCAGCGGCAGAGCGGAGCCACGCAGGGGGCCUCUCAGUCGGCGGCCAAGGCGCGCAAGCUCAGUCAACUGGACAAGGAGAGCGUCCUCAAGGCCUUUGCGCACGAUGGCUGGCUGUAUGAGCCGGAACGCGGCUAUUACACACUCGGGCCACGGGCGCUUGGCGAACUAAAGGACUGGCUGUUGUCGUUGUUACCGCACGAGGUUGUGGAGAAGCUGCAGGCGGACUACAUGUGA